UUACUGACUAAUUUUAAUUAAUUGACUGAUACUUAUAUUAUAUUUGUGUUGUUAUAUUGAUAUUAUAUUACAUAUAAUUCAUUAUGGGGUCUGUAAUUACUGAGACUUUUCAUUUAAAUGCUAAUAAUAUUCUAGAUGAACUAAAGGAAUAUGCACUUAACAAUCCUAAAGGCCAAUUUGAAACUGCGAAGCAUGCGCAGUUUAUAUAUAAUCAAUUUCAUAAAAUUAUUAGCUUAGCUGAAAAUACAAUUAUAGAUGCAAUCUCUAACAUUGAAUUGCCAGAAUUAUUAGAAAACAGGCUUAAAUUAUUGGCAGAUAAAGAAGAUAUCAAAAAUCUGAUUAAUUCAAAUACAAUGUUUGAUUCUCAACAACAAAUUCUAGAAAAUUUGGACAGAAUCAACAAUAAUAUGUUUAAUCUAGACUCUGCAGCCAAUACUAUAAACAACCAAAUGGCAGUUAUGGAGAAGAUAAGAAACAUUGAGGAUAAGACAAACUGUAUAUCCCUAAAUGAUAGUAAUAUGGAAGUUCAGAAAGCAGUCUUGGAAAAAUUAGACAGAAUAGAGAAUAAGACCACUCAAAAUAUUCCUUCACAACCUACUUAUAGCAGUGUACUUAACAAUGGCAAGGAUGGUCAACAUUUAACGAACAAAUCGAGUCCUCAAAAGGAAGUUAUCUUAAUAUAUAACAAGGAUAAGGAUAACAACAAUAGUGAUGUUGUUAGGAAACUGAUGCAAAUACGAAUUAAACCAUCACAGAUGCAUAUUGGGAUUGACAAAAUGAGAAAGAUAAGGGGAGGAAUCGCCGUUGAAAUAGGACAAAAGAGAGACGCUGCCAUAUUUGAAAAAACAAUUGAAGAACAAAUCCCGGAACUGGUCACACGACGCCCUAAGAGAAGAUGGCCACAUGUCAUUAUUUAUUCUAUACAUGGAAAAAUACCAAAAGAAGAGCUGCCAGGGCUUAUCUACCAACAAAAUCCAUAUAUUUAUGAAAAUUUUAUGGAAAAGGAAUUUAUGGAUAACUUUCGAACUAAAUUUAAUACAAGUAAAAGACAUGCAACUUACAAGAAUUGGAUAUUUCAGGUUUCUCCUAAUUUAAGACAGCAUAUAAUUAAACUUGGAAAGGUAAGUAUAGAGUGGUCGCGUUGCAGGGUUGGGGAUUUUUGCCCAAUCCUGCAAUGCUUUAAGUGCUGCGGUUAUAACCACUCUGCUAGAGAUUGCCCUAAUGCACAUUAUACAUGCAGUCAUUGCUCAGGGGAUCAUACGUACAAUGAAUGCCCGAAUUACGAACAGGAACCCCUGUGUUGUAACUGUGAGCAUGAGGGGGUACACAAUGUCAUACAUAAUGCGAGGGAUAGUCAAUGUCCAAUAUACCAAAGAAUUAAGACAUAUAUUGAAUCCAGGACCGAAUAUGGAUCUGGACAAUAAUAAUAAAAUACGUU